AUGAGGAGUGAUGUCACAGCAACCCCUCCCGCCCUCCCCGAGGCAGCGCAAUGGGCAGGGCGGGAGGGCUUGUUUGCCCGGGAGGGGGCGGGGGGAGGCCCGCCAUGUCCAAAGGCCUUCACUGUGCUCUUUCCGCCCUCUGUGCACCUGCAGAGAAUCUGGACGAGACUAGAGAAGACAAAGAAGAGAGCCCUCCAGAGCCCCCUGCUGUCCCCCACACUCCCCCCAGCGCCCCCAUCAAGCUGGAGGAAGGAGGUGGAUGUGCUAAAGAGUACCUGUUACCAUAAGCUGCCGCCGGAGCCGCCGGAGCCGGCUUCGGGAGACGACAGCGAUGCCGCCACCUUCACGCCGACUCUCCCUGACCUGUCCCCUGAGGAGCCUUCAGAAGCGCUCUGCUUCCCCACGUUGGAGGAGGAGGAGGAGGAGGAGGAGGAGGAGGGGCUUUGUGAAGCUGGGGGCCCUCCACGCCCCACCAGGUCCCCUUCGGCGGCCAUCCCUGAGCCAGUCACAGCCCGGGCGGCUGACGAGGCCGCCUCCCCGGCUGCCGAGGAGGGGGCUGCUGUGGACCCUGGCAGUGAUGGGUCUCCGGGCAAGUCCCCCUCCAAAAAGAAGAAGAAAUUCCGCACUCCCUCCUUCCUGAAGAAGAGCAAGAAGAGGAGUGACUCCUGAAGGCCCUUCCCGCACAAACCGAUGCCACCAGACUGUCCCCGAUCGUGUCUUGUGCCCUGUCUUCUCGUGUAUUGGAAUGCAAAAGGCCCACCCCCGUGUAGCUAGCGCUCCCCUCGCGGCGUGACCAAACCCCCACAGAGACCGGUGCUAACCGUGUGCGCGCACAGUGGCCCGGCCUGCAGCCUCGGGUGCUGGGGGAGACUCGGUCUCUGCGUCCACCUCCGAGCCCUGCCCUGCAGGGACCAGCACCUCGGCCCAUCUCAUGAGCCCCUCGGGGACACGCUGUCCCCAGGGCCUUAGCUAAGUCCGGGUUCUGGCUGGAUCGGGGGCGGCUCUGCCGGCUCUGGCCUCGACCGCUCCUGCUCUCCUUCUCCUGUGAAGUAAUCGUGGCCCAUCUCUGCUGGGCUCCCUUCGCCCCAAGGACUCGGGGGACUGAAUCAGACCUGUAGCUUCUUGCUGGCAGUUUCUGCUCAGUGAUCUCAUUUGUUCGGAUACACAACGCCUUGGUCCUGUGAGAACACUCGUGUGCCCACCGAUGGCCCAGGCCACCGUGGCGGGCUUUGAGAGGCGGGUUUGGGCUGAGCCGGCAGUCCCAGCAGCGGACGGGCCUGUGUACACCCAGGUAACCUAUGCCUGGCCUCACCGGCCCCCCGCGGCCAAAACCAGACUUGGGGCUCCGUUCCUUACUCACUGGGGGCUCUCGAUCCCCACGGUAGGGAAGGUGCAUCGGGAGGGGAAGAGUGCUUUCCAGAUGUCCUUCCAGAAAGUCUGCAGUUCACCCUACACGCUGAGUGAAUGGUCUGCGCUGUGCUUCGUUCUCUCCCCAGGGCCUGUGGCAGAGCAGCAGGGCUCCAUGCGCCGUCCCGGGGGGUCUGCUCUUCACCUCGGCUCGGUUCAGCCUGGAGGGUACCCUCACUUUGACAGAAGGCAGUUCGGGGUAGGAGUUGGCCCCAGGGGUCCCACCUGACACCCUGUGCAGUCACUGGCGGAGCCCACCUGCCCUCCAGCGCCACGGUGAAUUUCGCUGCACUCACGUCCCUGGAAGAUAGCGGCUAGCUGCUUAGUGGGAACUAGUGGGUGGCCAGGUGUCUCUUCGACAGUGACCUGUCCCAGGAGCUCCAGUGCCAGCCUGUCCCCCAGACGGGUCCCCGGGACGGGGGAGGGGCCCUCGGGGGACCCAGUGCCCGACGUGGGCUCGGGUCCCACACGCUCGACACCCAGGCAGGACCUGAGGCGGCUGCACGGCACUGACCUCUGCUUCGAGCUUACUGGCAGGCAAGCCACUUCUCUCCUGUGUAUCAUUCCAUUGCCAAGAUGGUGGUAGAGUCCUCCACCCUCACCCUGCGCCUCAGUUAACCACGGGCUCUUUUUAUCCCUUCCUCUGACCCCACGUAUGCAAUGACUUUAAUUUCAUUUUUGUAGUUUAACUCUUUGUAUCACAACAUGAAGUUUAGUUGCAUAUACAGACACAGGCUUGGGAGGACAAGUUCUACAGCCUUUCUUCAUUGUAACAUGUUUUACUCACAAAUAAAAUUCUUUAAGCAGUU